AUGCCAGCACCAGAUGUUCCAAAAUCGGUUAUUCAAAAAUUGAUGUUUUUCACCGCUUUAAUGGUUAUUUUCCCAUUAUUGGCAUUCUUCAUACUACAAUAUUUCACCACCAAUUCAAUUAUUAGUGGAGGUGUAGCUGCAUUGGUUGCAAACAUUGUGUUGAUUGGUUAUAUAAUUGUUGCUUUCACUGAAGAUACUUCCAAAUUGGGUGAUGAAAAGGUAGAAUCAAAGAAAGAUAUGUAG